AGGCGAAGGCUGGGCGCGGGGUCACGUGGCCCUGGGGUCCAGGGCCGGAAUGGCCGCCAGUGGAGGUAAAUUGUGUCUGGAGAGCGGGCUAGCAGGGAGGUCCCUCAGGUCAUUAUGAUCUAAGGCCAAAAACACAACAGUCAAACACGUGCUUGGAUUGAUUGAAUACAGUUAUUAAAAGCAAAUAUGGAAGAUGAACCAGAUCAUGACAAUGUGGAGCAGAAUCUCUGUGUCAAGACUACUACUGAAGAAGAGCUGAAUAAGUCUUUUAACCUAGAAGCUUCACUUUCAAAAUUCUCUUACUUAGAUCUGGACAAGGAACUGGAGUUGAGAAAUGAUUUGAUUGAUGACAAGGAGUUUGAUAUUCCUCAAGUUGAUACUCCUCCGACACUGGAAAGCAUACUAAAUGAAACUGACGAUGAAGAUGAGUCUUUUGUUCUCGAGGAUCCCACGUUGUUAAACAUUGAUGCCAUUGACUCACACUCCUAUGAUACUUCAUCUGUGGCAAGCUCAGAUAGUGGUGACAGGACCAACCUAAAAAGGAAGAAGAAAUUACCUGAUUCUUUUUCACUCCAUGGCUCAGUUAUGCGACAUUUACUUCUGAAGGGAAUUUCUGCCCAGAUAGUAUCUGCAGCUGACAAAGUUGAUGCUGGCUUGCCUACAGCAAUUGCGGUCUCCAGUCUGAUAGCAGUGGGUACAUCUCAUGGAUUGGCUUUAAUAUUUGAUCAGAAUCAAGCAUUGCGACUCUGCCUGGGGAGCACUAGUGUUGGGGCUCAGUAUGGAGCCAUCUCUGCCCUCAGCAUCAACAAUGACUGCUCAAGACUGCUCUGUGGCUUUGCUAAAGGACAGAUCACCAUGUGGGAUUUGGCCAGUGGAAAACUUCUCAGAUCAAUAACAGAUGCUCAUCCUCCAGGAACAGCGAUAUUGCAUAUCAAGUUUACAGAUGAUCCAACUCUUGCAAUUUGCAAUGACAGCGGAGGCUCUGUUUUUGAAUUGACAUUUAAGAGAGUGAUGGGAGUGAGAACUUGCGAAUCUAGAUGUCUGUUCAGUGGUUCCAAGGGAGAAGUUUGCUGUAUUGAGCCUCUGCAUUCCAAGCCUGAGCUGAAAGAUCAUCCCAUCACGCAGUUUUCAUUAUUGGCCAUGGCAUCCUUAACAAAGAUACUGGUCAUUGGAUUGAAACCAUCCUUGAAGGUGUGGAUGACUUUUCCUUAUGGACGUAUGGAUCCUUCCAGUGUUCCACUGCUAGCCUGGCACUUUGUGGCAGUACAUAAUUAUGUGAACCCCAUGCUUGCUUUCUGCAGAGGAGAUAUUGUUCAUUUUCUACUGGUUAAGAGAGAUGAAUCUGGAGCAAUACAUGUUACUAAGCAAAAGUAUCUUCACCUGUACUAUGAUCUCAUCAACUUCACUUGGAUAAACUCACGCACAGUGGUGCUCUUAGAUAGUGUGGAGAAGUUGCAUGUGAUUGACCGCCAGACGCAAGAGGAGUUGGAAACGGUGGAGAUCUCAGAAGUUCAGCUGGUUUAUAACAGCAGCCAUUUCAAGUCCCUGGCCACUGGGGGCAACGUUAGCCAGGCCCUGGCUUUGGUUGGAGAGAAGGCUUGUUACCAGUCCAUCAGUAGCUGUGGUGGUCAGAUCUUUUAUCUGGGGACAAAAUCAGUCUAUGUAAUGAUGCUGAGAAGCUGGAGAGAGAGAGUGGAUCAUCUCUUGAAACAAGAUUGCCUCACGGAAGCCUUAGCCCUUGCGUGGUCUUUCCAUGAAGGAAAAGCAAAAGCAGUAGUGGGAUUAUCAGGGGACGUCAGUAAGAGAAAGGCAGUUGUUGCAGAUCGGAUGGUAGAAAUCCUGUUCCAUUAUGCAGAUCGUGCUCUGAGAAAGUGCCCAGAACAGGGGAAAAUCCAAGUGAUGGAGCAGCAUUUUCAGGACACGGUGCCUGUCAUCGUUGAUUACUGCCUUCUACUGCAGAGAAAGGAUCUUUUAUUUAGCCAAAUGUAUGAUAAAUUAAGUGAGAAUUCAGUAGCCAAAGGAGUGUUUUUGGAGUGCCUUGAACCAUAUAUUUUAAGUGAUAAAUUGUUGGGGAUCACACCCCAAGUAAUGAAAGACUUGAUUGUUCAUUUCCAAGAUAAAAAGCUGAUGGAAAAUGUGGAAGCCCUCAUUGUCCAUAUGGAUAUCACCAGCCUAGAUAUUCAGCAGAUAGUUCUCAUGUGUUGGGAAAAUCGACUGUAUGAUGCUAUGAUUUAUGUCUACAACAGAGGCAUGAAUGAAUUUAUUAGUCCAAUGGAGAAACUUUUCAAGGUCAUUGCUCCUCCUCUGAAUGCAGGAAAAACGCUCACAGAUGAACAGGUUGUUAUGGGCAACAAGCUUCUUGUAUAUAUUAGCUGUUGUCUGGCAGGCCGUGCCUAUCCCCUUGGUGACAUCCCUGAAGAUCUUGUUCCCUUGGUUAAAAACCAGGUUUUUGAAUUUCUGAUUCGCCUGCAUUCAGCAGAAGCAUCCCCAGAGGAAGAAAUCUAUCCUUAUGUUCGGACUCUGCUACAUUUUGACACAAGAGAAUUUCUAAAUGUGUUGGCCCUGACGUUUGAAGAUUUUAAAAAUGAUAAGCAAGCUGUGGAAUACCAACAGCGAAUUGUGGAUAUUUUGUUGAAAGUUAUGGUGGAGAAUUCAGAUUUUACUCCCUCACAAGUAGGGUGUCUCUUUACUUUCCUUGCUCGGCAGCUUGCAAAGCCUGACAACACUUUGUUUGUGAACCGAACACUCUUUGAUCAGGUGCUUGAGUUCCUGUGUAGCCCUGAUGAUGACUCCCGACACUCUGAAAGACAGCAGGUCCUUUUAGAAUUGCUGCAGGCUGGUGGCAUAGUUCAGUUUGAAGAAAGCCGGCUCAUUCGUAUGGCAGAAAAGGCCGAGUUCUAUCAAAUUUGUGAAUUUAUGUAUGAACGGGAACACCAGUAUGACAAAAUUAUUGAUUGCUACUUGCGUGACCCACUGAGAGAGGCAAAAGUCUUUAAUUACAUUCAUAACAUCCUGUCCAUCCCUGGCCACAGUGCCGAGGAGAAGCAGUCCGUGUGGCACAAAGCAAUGGAUCACAUUGAGGAACUUGUAUCCCUGAAGCCUUGUAAAGCUGCAGAGCUGGUUGCUACACACUUUUCUGAACAGAUUGAAACAGUCAUUAAAAAACUUCAGAAUGAGGUAUUGCUUUUCAAAUUUUUGAGGAGUCUUCUUGACCCAAGGGAAGGUAUUCAUAUAAGUCAAGAAUCACUGCAAAUAUCUCCCAGUAUUAUGGAGCAGUUCAUUGAGCUGUUAUGUAAGUUCAGUCCAAACCAAGUUAUAGAGACACUGCAAGUCCUUGAGUGCUACCGCCUAGAAGAAACCAUUCAGAUCACUCAAAAGUAUCAGCUCCAUGAAGUCACUGCCUAUCUACUGCAAAAGAAAGGAGACAUUCCUGGUGCCUUCUUAAUAAUGCUGGAGAGACUGCAAAGCAAACUUCAAGAGAUUACACAUCAAGGUGAAAAUACCAAAGAGGACACCUCACUGAAGGAUGUUGAAGAUACCAUGGUAGAGACGAUUGCUCUUUGCCAGAGAAAUUCUCAUAAUUUGAACCAGCAGCAGCGAGAGGCACUCUGGUUUCCAUUACUGGAGGCCAUGAUGGCCCCUCAGAAGCUGUCCGGGGCAGCAGCACCUCUCCUGCACUCCGAAGCUCUAAAAUCUUUGACUAUGCAAGUUCUCAACAGCAUGGCGGCCUUUAUUGCCCUUCCAUCAAUCUUGCAAAGAAUCUUACAGGAUCCAGUUUAUGGAAAAGGAAAACUUGGAGAAAUCCAGGGCCUUAUUCUGGGAAUGUUAGAUACCUUUAACUAUGAACAGACCCUGCUGGAAACAACCACCAGCCUUCUAAACCAGGAUCUCCAUUGGUCAUUAUGUAACCUAAGAGCUUCUGUCACUAGAGGGCUGAAUCCCAAACAGGAUUACUGCUCUAUAUGUUUGCAGCAGUACAAGAGACACCAAGAAAUGGCUGAUGAAAUCAUUGUCUUCAGCUGUGGCCAUUUGUAUCAUUCAUUCUGUCUACAAAGCAAAGAAUGUACUGUAGAAAUUGAGGGCCAGACGAGAUGGACAUGCUACAAAUGCAGCUCCAGCAACAAAGUGGGAAAGCUAAGCGAAAACUUGUCGGAAAUCAAACGAGGAAGGAUAACCCCGUCCCAGGUAAAAAUGUCUCCAUCAUACCAUCAGUCUAAAGGAGAUCCUGCUGCUAAGAAGGCAGCCUCAGAACCUGGCCUGGAUCCCCAGCAAAUCCAAGCGUUCGACCAGCUUUGCCGGCUGUACCGAGGAAGCUCCAGGCUCGCAGUCUCCGGGAAUAAAGGCCAGUUUCUCAGCCUCCACUGCACUUACCCACGGGCCUGGCACGGAUGGCUUCUCAUGUUCCUUGACUCACUGUUCUGUCCUGAGGCCCAGGCCCUUGGAGGCAUUUGCAUUGGUUGAAUUAUCUGGGGCCAGAAAGAUUAACCUAUACAUGCAAAGGAACCAUGGUUUAAACAAGAUGGAAGUGUGAGUGCAGGAGGCCAGGAUGCCUUCCACGGACCCCUGCCCGGCGUCCCCAGCUUGUAGCUUGUCGGUUGCUUGCUCGGUUCAUCGUGGUUACUCCAGCUCUCACAUCAUGUGAGUCUGCAUUCCAGCUGCCAAGAGGGAAAGGAAGACUCCCCUAAAUUGUUCCCAUCACCUGCUCGAUCUCACCAUUCUGUGUACAGCUGCAGUGCAAGCAAGGAAGCUGCUCCUGGAGACCAGGCUGGAGCAGCACCUUCUCUCCACGGGUGGGACAGAGAGAGCCCCAGGGGCGCUGCUCCUGGAGACCAGGCUGGAGCAGCCCCUUCUCUCCACGGGUGGGACAGCGAGAGCCCCAGGAGCGCUGCUCAGGAGCCUGUCCCCUGGGCACUUGUGGCUCCAUGUCCCACCAGUGACUCAGCAGCCACGGCAGCUGGCUGGGUUCAUCUGUCGCCCCACUGUGCAGUGUGGGGAGUGUCUCCCAGGCUUCUCCCCGACUUCUCCCUGGCCCUGCAGCUGCCUCCGCCCUCAUCAGGCCUCUUGCACACUACGCAGGCCAUUUCCAGACCCCAAGACUUCAGUAUUUUUACAAAUUAGCACUUGGGGGCCUUCAGGUGGCUCCCAGUUUCCACAGCCGACCGGUCAUGUUUGCAGCAGGAGUGACAAAUGAGUCAUUGCCUGUGUGACAGAAGCCGGCUGCCCAAAGCUAGGAAACAGCUGGAGGAGCAGGCUGGUGUACAGGGCACAGGUGACAGCUUCAGAUAAGGCAGCAGUGGAUCGUGUGGCUGUGCAGGACCAGCCCACAGGCCUGAGUUUGAAUCACACACUGUGGCUCCCCACUGGGGGACCUGGGGUGAGUGACUUCGCUGCUCAGUUACCCCCGAGGUGACUGGAGAGGGCGGAAGCAGCACACACGCAAAGCGCCAAGCGCUUGGUCUGGCGCUGAGAGGACAUCCGGCAGAGUCGCCCAAGGCCCAGUGAGGUCCGGCUUCCCUCUCUCCAGGCCGGGCUGCUCCUCGGAGCACUGGUGGCUGGGCACCCAGUCUUGGCUGCUGUGUAUCAGGACCGUGGCUUGCCAGCCCUGAGUGCCCCGCGGGUCAGCUCUGAGGGGUGGACAGGGCUCCCUCAGCAGAAGGCUGGAGAAGCUGCAGCAGGCAUUUAGAGGGCAGCGAGGCUUAGGCAUCUGGGUGGGACUCAUCUCUUCCUUCUGUCCAGGGCAUCUCGGGGGCCAGACAGGCAGAUGCCCAGCUUUUAUUUUCUUCAGUCUGGGGAUCGAAACUAGGGCCCUCUCGCCGAGCUGUAUGCCCAGCCCUUUUUUAUUUUGAGAGGAUCUCGCUAAA